CUCUAUAUUCCGUGUUCAACUCUAUAAUUACGCAUCUCCGUUUCCGCACUCUUUCUCGCAUCCAAUCCCCAUUACCCGCUUCUUCUUCUCCAUAACACGAAUCCCUUCUUGGGUUUCUUCAUUUUGAGCUCCCAUGGCUUCUGCUUCUGGAAAGUCUUCAUCUUUGUCUUGAUGCACAGGGUGAAAAGAUUAGAAAGGAAGUUGAAGGGAGAGGGUGAUUAGAGCAGAGCUUCUAGCAUUGUAAUUACAUACUUAUUCUGUGCUGUGUUCCCACUUUUUCUCUCUUCCUUUGCACCCCAAAGGCCACCAUUAUAGAGAUUCAAUUCCUUUUUAAGGGAAGAUAAAAUAUCAUUGAAUUGAAGAGAAUGGUUUUGGAGUUUAGUGUUGUGAUUCCAUUUUUAUCAUUCCUUCUUAUCAAUUGCAUAUUUUGGGGCAAUCUCGGCCAAGUUGAUCAGACUGCUGACUUGAUAACCACAAGGUUACAAGUUCCACUCCCAACACGAGUAGCCUAUCAGCCUUCUUGGUUUGAGCCGAUCAGCUAUGAGCAACCUAGGCCGGAUUACCUCCUUAUGAUCCUUUGUUGGCUAGGGUCACUAAGUUGGUUUAUCUCCUUGUAGUCCUUUGCUGGCUAAGAUCAUGGUUUGGGAGUUUAGUAGUGUUGGUGAUUCUUUUCUAGCAUUCUACAAAUCAUGUAUUUGGGUGGCUUUUGCUGUCAUUGAUUUGAAUUGGUAAGGGUGGUGGUGAUUGUAGAUGGCAAAGGAGUAUGAUGGAUCCCCCAAAAUUACACAGCUGGAAACAAGGAGAAAACAGCUAACAUGGAUUUUGGGAGUAAGUGGCCUCUGCAUCCUAUUCUAUAUUCUAGGAGCAUGGCAAAGUACAACACCUCUCCCUACAACUCAAUCUGAAGUUUACACACGCGUUGGCUGUGAUAAUCAAUCCUCCCAAACAGGCAACCCUCCUGAAAUGGCAACCCAACCACCAUCAUCAUCAUCGUCGUCUUCAUCGUCUUCAUCAUCAGUGUCAUCGUUGCCAUUGCAGCCAGCCCCCUUCGACUUUCAGAGCCAUCACCAAUUAGAGGUCAAGGAUUCUGUGGAGCCUGAUAACUAUGCACCCUGUAGUAUGAAUUUCAGUGAGUAUACUCCCUGCCAGUAUCCACCGAGGGGAAGGAAAUUUCCUCGUGAGAAGUUAAGGUACCGGGAGAGACAUUGCCCCACAAAGGAAGAGCUCAUCAACUGCCUCAUUCCUGCUCCCCCCAACUACAAGAGGCCUUUCCCGUGGCCUCAGAGCAGAGAUUAUGCAUGGUUUGCCAAUAUUCCCCACAAAAAGCUUAGCGUUGAGAAGGCCGUUCAGAAUUGGGUCCAAGUGGAAGGCGACCGCCUAAGAUUUCCAGGAGGUGGCACUAUGUUCCCACUCGGAGCUGAUGCUUACAUUGACAACAUCAAUGAACUCAUUCCCCUCAGUAAUGGAGCCAUUCGAACUGCAGUCGAUACAGGUUGUGGAGUUGCAAGUUGGGGCGCUUUUUUGUUGAAACGAGACAUUAUAGCCAUGUCUUUUGCUCCGAGAGAUACACACGAAGCACAGGUAUGGUUUGCAUUGGAAAGAGGUGUUCCAGCUAUGAUUGGCGUGAUGGGUGCACAAAAACAGCCAUUUCCUGCAAGGGCUUUCGAUAUGGCUCACUGUUCUCGCUGCUUGAUACCUUGGACCGACCAUGAUGGGAUGUAUUUAACGGAAGUCGACAGAAUCCUUAGGCCGGGAGGAUAUUGGAUACUUUCGGGGCCUCCUAUCAACUGGAAGCAAUACUGGAAAGGUUGGGAGAGAACAAAAGAGGAUCUGAAGCAUGAGCAAGAUUCCAUCGAGGAUGUUGCCCGACGAUUGUGCUGGAAAAAGGUAACUGAAAAGGGUGAUUUGUCUGUGUGGCAAAAGCCUCUCAACCAUUUUGGGUGUUCCAGGAGAAGAUCAAUGGCUAGUACAAUGCCCCUCUGCAAAUCGAACAGUUCUGAUGAAGUUUGGUACAAAGAUAUGGAAAACUGCAUAACCCCGCUGCCUGAGGUAAGCAAUCCAGAUGAAAUUGCGGGUGGGGCAUUAGUGAACUGGCCAGAGCGGGCAUUCGCUGUUCCUCCUAGGAUUCUCCGAGGUUCAGUACCAGGAAUCACAGCCGAGACAUUCAAAGAGGAUAACGAGGUGUGGAAGCAAAGGUUGUCGUACUACAAGAAGCUCGUGAGUGCCUUACCCCAAGGGCAUUAUCGCAACAUAAUGGACAUGAAUGCUGGUUUAGGCGGCUUUGCAGCUGCCUUGUCGAAAAUUCCAGUUUGGGUGAUGAACGUUGUCCCAGCUAACAUAGAGCCUAACACCCUCGGGAUAAUCUAUGAACGAGGCUUCAUUGGCACGUACCAAGACUGGUGCGAGGCCUUCUCGACCUAUCCUCGAACCUAUGACCUCAUCCACGCUGGCAACGUGUUCAGCAUCUACCAGGACAGGUGCGAUAUCAGCUACAUUUUGCUCGAGAUGGACAGGAUCCUGAGGCCCGAAGGGGUAGUGAUAUUCAGAGAUGUGGUGGAAGUGUUGGUGAGAGUGAGGAGCAUAACAGAUAGAAUGAGAUGGGAAAGUCACAUUGUGGAUCAUGAAUCUGGACCGUUUAACCCCGAGAAGAUCCUUGUUGCUGUCAAGACUUACUGGACAGGCAACAUUGAAGGACAACAAAGAUGAUGUUUUUCAGUUGACAGUUUGAAGGUUGUUUUGCCCUUUUUUUUUUUUUUUUUUUUCAUUUUAGAUGACAGGUCUCAUGAUUCAUGAACUUGAUUCUUUGUAGAAAACUAUGUUAAUCCUUUAUCUGUUAGGAAAGCUAAGAACUAGAUGCUAGACUUAAUACUGCAAGAACAGUUCUUUUUGUCCACUUGAUUGUUACUUGAUCGAGUAAUAUUUUAUAGAAUUAAGUGCUU